AUGCGGACAGGAUUGGUUAUGAACCUACAUGAUUGCAUCAAAGUCAGCCAUACUAUUAGCAAUAGGCGAUCAUCAGGUUAUUGUUCUGGAUUGAAUCAAACUGGAUUACUUGAAAACUCAUUUUCAUCUAACACUUUCGACAACAUCAAUCUGAGGAAUUUGAAGCAUGGCUACCGUGGUGGAGGGAAAAGUAAUAACUAA